AUGUUCCCACCUUUACAAGUGCUAAUUAUUAGGAAGUGCCCGAAACUGUUGGGAUUUCCUUUCUCAAACCACAUAAUUUCCCCAGAUUGGUUCCCCAAACUACAAAAGCUUGAGAUAUGUGACUGUCCAGAAUUCUUCUUGUCAGUGAUCCCCAUGUCUUGGAUUGAAAGCCUGUGUCAUGUCCUGAUACUGCAGGUAAAGCUACUACAGAAGCUUGAGUGGUCAAAAUCAUCAGAUGGAGUAAAUUUGCUAAUUAAGGGAACGGGUGAUCUGCAUAGCAUAGACCAAGUCUUGGUUUUUGAUAAAGAAACAGGUCUAGAGAAGCUGACACUGGACAAGUGCCCACCUCUGGAGUUGAAGCACCUUCUGAUGCUAACCUCGCUGAAGACAUUGUUUGUACAGAAUUCAGUUGGUCUAGUUGGACCACUAGGAGGAGGUCAGAGUGAUGUGGAAUGGCAGCUUCCUGUUGAGUAUAUCAAGAUCAACAACUUAAAUGGUAAUACUGGCGAGGAAAUGACAGAGCUCCUCCCCCACCUCCCAAAGCUCUCCAAAUUGGAAAUCUGGGACUGUAAAAACAUAAAAAAGCUGGUAGUGGGGAUGGAUGUGCAACAAACAACAUCAGAAGCAUCAGAGAUGGGGGGAGGUGAAAUAACAGCAGCAGCAGCAGAGGAAGAGGAUGAUGGGGUGCUGCUCUUCCCACCUCAUCUCUCUGACUCACUACGUGAAUUGCAGUUCAUUAGCGUCCCAGAGCUGGUCCUGGUAGACCCGUCAACUCUUUGUCCUGGAGGAGGAUGGCUCCAAGCCUUGCGAUCCCUCCAGAGAUUAACAAUGUCAGGGCUUUCCACCUCGUUUUCCUGUCAUCUUUUCCCAUCCUCCCUGCAGUUCCUGGAACUCUGGGAUGUGAAAGGCAUGGGGACACUGGAGCCCCUCUCAAACCUCUCCUCUCUCACCAGAUUAGAAUUGCAUAGUUGUGGAGAGGAUCUGAAAUGUCAGGGCUUGUGGUCUCUCCUUACCACCGGGGGCCAGCUCAACGAAUUAGAGGUCAGGGCCAGCCCUAGAUUCUUUGCUGAUUGGGAUCCCAAUCCCAGACGGGCUUUGGAGGAUGCUGAGGGAGGUGAAGAGCAGCAGACACAGCUUGUUUCAUCCACACUGCGUGAGCUCUGGACAGAUGACAUAGCAGGACUUCUUGCUGCACCCGUCUGCAGAUUCCUCUCUUCCUCCCUCACCAAGCUGACACUUCUGGGGGUUUCGUGUGAAGGGAUGGAGCGGUUCAUCAAGGAGCAAGAGGACGCCCUUCAACCCCUCUCAUCCCUCCAAGAACUAAUGUUUUGGUGUUUCAAGGACCUUCAACAACUCCCUGCAGGGCUGCGUAACCUUACCAGCCUCGAGAUAUUAUCAGUCAACUACUGUCCAGCCAUCUCGUCAUUGCCCAACGAUGCCCUCCCGGAUUCACUGAAAAAGCUAGAAGUCUUAUACAACUGCAGCAAGGAGCUAAAACAGUACUGCAGGGGGUUAGAGGGAACCAUCCCAGAAAUCUGUAUACUCUGAUCCAAGGAGAAUGCCUUGGAGUUCCCUUGUACAUUCUUCUAGCCUUGUAGAGCUCUUCCCUUCCCAUACAAACACAUUUGCUCCUUCCUGUGGCUUAAAUCUGGCAGCCUUUACUUGCAAAAUUAGAUGCAGGAACUUCCGUUAGGGGGUGUCCACAUCAAUGUCGGCAAAAAAUAAUAAUCACUUUUACUCCAGCCAUACCUAUUUCAGGUUUCACGAUCAAAAUAUCAGUACUAUAUCGAGACUUUGGGGUCAAGCUACUGAUGUUAAGGUAAAGCAAUUUGUUCUGAUCAAGUCCACAGUGAAUCAGGACGUUGAUUAAUGCCUAACUAGUGAUUCACUUGCUGCUCAACUGUUUACAUCAUGUGAAACUUGCCUAGCUAGUGAUGGAACUAUCCACCACUCAAGGAUCUCCAAGCUGCACGCCUCCAAUAAUGUUGCCGGUGUCAUGGCUCUCCACGGUGCUUAAAUUGUUGUGAGGAAUGUCAUGAAGAAACUCAUGUUGCAGUCAUGGGCCAUACUAAAAUACAGUUUCCAUGUAAGAAUUAUCGCGUAUGGAUUGAACCAGUAAAUAGCCUGAAUCAGGGAAAGGGGCGAAAGUUGGAUUCCUGAAUCAGUAGAGAUGCGAUAGUACAGCAAUAUGAAGCUCACAAUGACAUGAUACUACCUUUAACCGUACAAGCUCACAGUGAUCUUGCUUGCGUGGAAGGAACAUCCAUUCCUGCAAGAUUCGACUGCCAAGGAGGGUGAUGGAUUGACUUGCAACCAGUCCACGGAGUAUCUGAAGCCAUGCAAGGAAGAAGAAGAAGAGGCAGAAACACUGCCCAGGCUAGAAGAAGCGUAGCCUGCAGCUAGGUGGUAUAUCUGAAGCCCAUCAUCAGCCUUGUGAUGCCACUCAGAAUAAAAUUGCUUCGAUGAGUACACCAUUCACAUUCAUACUGUGUGUGCGAUGAAACAACCAGACUGCAUCUUCUGAAGAAAUCAACACUUGUCAUGCUGUUAACUGAAGAAAUCGACACCCGGCGGUUGGCGCGGUGGCCUCGUCGUCGACCGUCUGAUCUUCAUCUAAUGGCAGCCUACCGCUUUGUCCUGAGUUACGACACACCACCACCCCUCAUCACGCAUCGAACGGCUCUGAAGACAGGAGCCGUCGCUAUUUGAAUUACCUUUCACUGCUUCCUUCCUUGUUCACCAGCUUUACUUCAGCAUUGAAGUUAGCUUUCACUGGUUGUAAUGGGUAAAAAUGCCUGGAUCUAUAUGAGAUCCCUGGAGCUCAUCUUCCUAUUACUGGGGGUAAACCCGUAGCCGCCGUGCCCUGGGUGGCGUAAACGUGCAUCCCUAAUUCGAUAUAUGUUUCUCUCGCGGUCAUCCUCUGAAUUCACCUA